GACUGUUUCACCCCCGCUCCGCCGUGCAACCGCUUUCACACCCUGAGUGGCGAGUGCGUUGGUUGGAGACUGAAGAGCCAAACUGCACACGGAAACAGUGCAUAGCGCACCGAAUUCGGAUCACAGUGUAUCCUACGUAGCUAACGAAGUUCAAAUAUAUCACUGUGUAGAAUAUAAUCAGUACAUUUCUGGGGGAACACUUUACUCUUUAUAAACGAAUUGGACUGUUGUUAUAACGAUCUUCUGGAUAAAGACUAUAACUACUGGGUAUUGCACUGACUGGCGGCCAGUGCAUUUCCCCCCAUCCUCAAGAUGCAUAUGAAUAGCUUAUUAAAUCAAUGGACAGACAUCACUCCCCACUCCAGGAUGUGUGACUGUGACGUGGAUGUGUCCUCAGAGCCCACCAGCCCCAGGCUCUAUGGUGAGUCCUCUGACAAAUACUACCAUGUGGACCGCUGGCAGAAGCUCCGCACCGCCGUCCGCAAGCUGGAGUUCUGGGAGAACUUCACCGCCGAGCUCAUCGGGAGCGGCUUCUUCUCCAAAGUCUACAAGGUGAUUCAUAGUACGAGCCAUAAGGUGAUGGUGGUGAAGAUCUAUAAGAAUGAUGUGGACCAGGAUAGCAUCGUGCGUGAGAUCAGCCUACUGCAAAAACUCUCCCAUCCCAACAUAGUCAGGUAUCUGGGGAUAUGUGUGAAGGAAGAUAAACUCUACCCUAUUUUAGAGUAUGUUAGUGGAGGAUGUCUGGAGGAACUGUUGGCCAGGAAGGAUGUGUCUCUGUGCUGGAGGGAGAAGGUGGACCUGGCCUGUGACAUCACCAGAGGAAUGAUCUACCUGCAUUACAAGAACAUCUACCACAGGGACCUCAACUCAAAGAACUGUCUGAUCCGUGUGACGGCGCGGGGCAGGGAGGCCCUAGUCACAGACUUUGGCCUGGCCAGAGAGGUGGUGGAGCUGCCGGUUAAAGACCCAGAGAGGAAGCUCUCCCUGGUGGGAUCUGCCUUCUGGAUGGCCCCGGAGAUGCUGCGUGGGGAACCCUACGAUCGCAAGGUGGAUGUAUUUUCCUUUGGAAUUAUGCUCUGUGAAAUACUGGCAAGGAUCCCUGCAGACCCAGAGAUUCUACCAAGAACCCAGGACUAUGGCCUGGAUGUGAGUGCAUUUAGGGAGCUGGUGGGCGGGUGUCCUCAGCGGGUGUUGGAGCUGGCAGCCAGCUGCUGUCUGAUGGAGUCCUUCAGGAGACCAGCAUUCACAGAGCUGCUGGAUGAACUGGGGGAGAUUGCUGAGACUCUGGAACCGCCCCCUAACCCGCCCCCUAACUCAGAGCUGACUACUGGGUGAGCUGCCUAGGUUGGCCGAAGCCCCACCCACCCAUCUAUCCUGAGGAGGACUGGAGGAUUUGGGAUUUGUAUAUGGGCUCAAUCCCAAAUGGCACAUUAUUCCUUAUAUAGUGUACUAUGUUUUACCAGAGCCUUGUGCCAGAUCUGGUCAAAAGUAGUGCACUAUAUAGGGAAUAGUGUACCAUUUGGGAAGCAACAAUAGACAGUUGCACAGGGGCAGGGGCACAACACUUCACCAGGAUGACCUCUCUACAGGGGCUGACCUCUGUUUGUGCCUGCCUACACUGCACCUAAACUGCACCUACAGAUGUGGCGGGGGGUAGCUCCACAGUUUUCAAGUGAGACCCUGGUGGAAUAAUGGAUGGAAUAGACAGUAUGUAUCUUGAAGAGAGGGUUUCUUUGGAAGGUUUCUUUGGAAGCUUUAUUUGACCAGUUCACACACUUUUUGUACAAGUGAUAGAAAUUGGGCAUAAUUUUGCUUAACGGCAUGUCUUUCCUUAACUUACAUUUUCUUAAUCUUAAUCUCAUAAACUGCUUUUUUGUUUAAAUUUGUUGAUGUUGUUGUUAAUGUUUAUGACAGUGUUUCGUGAUGUAACUGAUGAUGAUGAGGAUAAACAUGAUGAUGAGGAGGAUGGUGAUGGAGGAUGAUGGUGAUGGUGAUGGAGGAUGAUGGUGAUGGAGGAUGAUGGUGAUGGAGGAUGAUGGUGAUAGUGUUGGAGGAAGAUGGUGAUAGUGAUGGAGGAUGAUGGUGAUGGAGGAGGAUGGUGAUGGAAGAGGAUGGUGAUGGAGGAUGAUGGUGAUAGUGAUGGAGUAUGGUAAUGGAGGAUGAUGGUGAUGGAGGAGGAUGGUGAUGGAGGAGGAUGGUGAUGGAAGAUGAUGGUGAUAGUGAUGGAGUAUGGUAAUGGAGGAUGAUGGUGAUGGAGGAUGAUGGUGAUGGAGGAUGAUGGUGAUAGUGUUGGAGGAAGAUGGUGAUAGUGAUGGAGGAUGAUGGUGAUGGAGGAGGAUGUGAUGGAAGAGGAUGGUGAUGGAGGAUGAUGGUGAUAGUGAUGGAGUAUGGUAAUGGAGGAUGAUGGUGAUGGAGGAGGGUGGUGAUGGAGGAGGGUGGUGAUGGAGGAGGGUGGUGAUGGAGGAGGAUGGUGAUGGAGGAGGAUGGUGAUAGGGGAUGAUAGUGAUGGAGGAUGAUGGUGAUGGAGGAGUAUUGUGAUAGUGAUGGAGGAGUAUUGUGAUAGUGAUGGAGGAUUAUGGUGAUAGUGAUGGAGGAUGAUGGUGAAGGAGGACGAUGGUGAUGGAAGAGGAUAGUGAAUGAGGAGGAUUGUGAUAGUGAUGGAAGAGGAUGGUGAUGGAGGAGGAUUGUGAUAGUGAUGGAAGAGGAUGGUAAUGGAGGACGAUGGUGAUAGUGAUGGAGGACGAUGGCGAUGGAGGAUGAUGAUGAUAGUGAUGGAGGACGAUGGUGAUGGAGGAGGAUGGUGAUGGAGGAUGAUGGUGAUAGUGAUGGAGUAUGGUAAUGGAGGAUGAUGGUGAUGGAGGAUGAUGGUGAUGGAGGAUGAUGGUGAUAGUGUUGGAGGAAGAUGGUGAUAGUGAUGGAGGAUGAUGGUGAUGGAGGAGGAUGUGAUGGAAGAGGAUGGUGAUGGAGGAUGAUGGUGAUAGUGAUGGAGUAUGGUAAUGGAGGAUGAUGGUGAUGGAGGAGGAUGGUGAUGGAGGAGGAUGGUGAUGGAGGAGGAUGGUGAUAGGGGAUGAUAGUGAUGGAGGAUGAUGGUGAUGGAGGAGUAUUGUGAUAGUGAUGGAGGAGUAUUGUGAUAGUGAUGGAGGAUUAUGGUGAUAGUGAUGGAGGAUGAUGGUGAAGGAGGACGAUGGUGAUGGAAGAGGAUAGUGAUGGAGGAGGAUUGUGAUAGUGAUGGAAGAGGAUGGUGAUGGAGGAGGAUUGUGAUAGUGAUGGAAGAGGAUGGUAAUGGAGGACGAUGGUGAUAGUGAUGGAGGACGAUGGUGAUGGAGGAUGAUGAUGAUAGUGAUGGAGGACGAUGGUGAUGGAAGAGGAUAGUGAUGGAGGAGGAUUGUGAUAGUGAUGGAGGAGGGUGGGGAUGGAGGAUUGUGAUAGUGAUGGAGGACGAUGGUGAUAGAAGACGAUGGUGAUGGAGGAGGAUGGUGAUGGAGGAGGAUGGUGAUGGAGGAUGAUGGUGAUGGAGGAUGAUGGUGAUGUAGGAGGAUGGUGAUGGAGGAUGAUUGUGAUAGUGAUGGAGGACGAUGGUGAUGAAAAAGGAUGGUGAUGGAGGAGGAUGGUGAUGGAGGAGGAUGGUGAUGGAGGAUGAUGGUGAUGGAGGAGGAUGGUGAUAGUGAUGGAGGAUGAUAGUGAUAGAGGAUGAUGGUGGAGGAGUAGGAUGGUGAUAGUGAUUGAAGAGGAUGGUGAUUGAAGAGGAUGGUGAUUGAAGAGGAUGGUGAUGGAGGAGGAUGGUGAUUGAUGGUGAUGGAGGAGGAUGGUGAUAGUGAAUGAGGAGGAUGGUGGUAGUGAAUGAGGAGGAUGGUGAUGGAGGAGGAUGAUGGUAAUGGAGGGUGAUGGUAAUGAUCAUGAUGAUGAUGAUGGUAGGGGGAGGAUGGUGAUGGAAGAGGAUGAUGAUGGUGAUCAUGAUGAUGAUGGUAUUGAUUUCUCAUGAUGGUGAUGAUGAUGAUGAUGAUGGUAUUGGUUUCUCAUGAUGGUGAUGAUGAUAGUGAAAAUGAUGAUGAUGGUGAAGAUGAUGGUAUUGGUUUCUCAUGAUGAUGAUGAUAGUGAUGAUGAUGAUGAUGAUGGUGAAGAUGAUGGUAUUGAUUUCUCAUGAUGGUGAUGAUGUUGAGGAUGAUGAUGAUUGACACUCAUCUGUUGAUUUAUUUCCUUCAACCUUUGUUUUCUAUUGUCUUUCUAUUUCUAUUCUAUUGUUUUUUUCAACUCUGCCUAAAUCAUCAGAUGCUAGAGUGACAUCAUGCUCAUGUCACCUCUUUUCAAACAUGAAAUUGCUUCAGUUCAGUUAGCUGAGCUGUGAAUAGGGCUGUUGCUUUACAAGGAACUCAACAAAGACAUCACCAUCAAUUCAGCUAGCUAGCGCAAUACAGACGGCAGGCAGGCUAAUACCAGUGGGUGCACAGUGGAUAGGUAUACCCAGUGGGCAAAACUGGUUGAAAAUACGUAAUUUCAACCAGUUUUGCCCACUGGGUUACGUCAUUAGCUAGUUAGUAAAGUUCAGCUGUUCUCUGUCUACCUGGUUGAGAGAUCUUAUCUCAGUGGAUCUGUAUUUUCUUGUUGUUAGAUAAAGUACAGUACAGUAUGUCAUAUUUUUUACUUAGCUUAUUUUCCCAUCAGUCUUAAAUAAUAUAUAUUUUUUUGUUGUUAUUUUUAUUUAUUGUUUUUGCAAUCUACAUAUGCACAAUUAAUAUUCGGGCAUCUACGGUACUGGGUACUUGUUACAUUUGAUUUAAUACCCAAUCUGAUAUUACUGGUCAUUCAUGACAUGUUGUGUUGAACCUGUGGCUGUAAAUAUUCCACCUAUCUGAGAACUUUCCAUGCUGUUGCCAGGUAACCAGUAUUUGCCAGUAAGUAUGUGUCAUCAUCUUAAUCUGAUGUUUACAGUGUCACUUGAAGAGUAGAAAGAAAUAGGCUGCUGCUGUAGGAACAUUUUAUUUGAUUUAUUUAAGCUUUUGUUUCGAGAAGCAUAUCAAAUAAUGAUGUAAAAUAUUCUAAACUGAAGCUUACAGACAUAUAUGUAAGUAAGUCUUGGACAACUAGCUAGGCUUGGGCGUUCAAAGUAUUUCUGUUCUAAUAAAUAAAAUAAUAAUGUUCCUCCUGCCAUAUCACUUUUUAGAAUUUCAAAAUCUUUGUGAUACUAUAUGAAGGCAAUUCUUGCAUUAUUUCAACUUUGUCUGCUACAUUUGGCAUUACUCUGUAAAGCUAAGUACAUUUGUAAGAAAUAGAAAUUGGUAUUUAAAGAUAAAAAAGUUAUAUUUGAAACAUGUACAUGUAUUUUACAGAUUAGUUGCUUCUUUCAAUAAACUGUUUCUCUGGUUCAGGGUAA